AUGAAGACGUCGCGCAAUUGGCCGAUCACGCCCAGCACCUCAGUUUGGCUACUAAUUCUCAUCGCAAUCUUGCAUAUUCUUGAAGAUCUAGUCAAAAGCACAGUUCGUAUAAUUAAAGUCUUGGCCAUUGCAAUCCUUAUUCUUUUGAGAGUCAAAGCCAAUCGCUCGGGCACGACGUAUCUUUACAAGGGUCUCAAUCUCCUCUUCGCAGCCAGUCGUCCCACCACGGCGGCUGGUACGAAGACGGUACCUGAGACCUCUCUUGAGCUAUCACUAUGGCUUGCAAUGGCAAAGCGAGCCAGAGACACAGCCUCCUACGCUUUCAGUCGUCUUUUGGAUUCUGCAAAAGCGGACUUCCUCGGUGCCGACGGCGAAGCACCUUCACAGGAAGGAUCACAGGAUGCCGCAACCAAUGGGUUCCAAGCAGCAGCGGAGCCAGAGCAGUAA